AUUAUUGCAUAGAAUCACGAAUAUUUUUCAUUAAAAUCCGUAAAACAUAAAUUUAUACAAUUUUUGUAACGGAAAGUGACAUAUGAAUAUGUUAUUAAGUUUUGAAAAUUCCUAAAUAUAUAAAUUGAGAGAAGAUAAGCUUAUACACAUUUGAAUACUUAAAUGUCUUGAAUCAUGGAAGAUAGCGGUAUUGACAGUGAUCCUAAAGCUGUUAAUCACGUCGAGGAUGAAAGACUCUUUUUAGGUAGUGAUAGCAGUUGUAGCAGUAAUCACACACAAUUAGUUCCUCAACGGAGUACAACGAAACAGCUGCAAAAGAAACUUGAGACACGCAUUGAACAAGCAAAACGAAUCCAACGAAACUCGGAAUACAUAAAGCUUCCAAAAUGUGACAAUGAAAAUACAAGCAGCACCAGUUCCACUGGGUUAAUAUCGAUUCAAAGAUUGCCUAUACCACAUAAAAAUAAGGAGCAUCUUCCUCUAGUCGAAUACUGGCACAGCGAAAGUGAAAGUGAAGAUGAAAUGACUCUCUUUCCGCCGAAAUCUAAGGAUGCCUCAAAGCACAAACAAGAUCUGACAGAUACAUUCAGCAUCGGGGAAUUAAGCGACGAAAGCGAGGACUCUUUAAAUCUGGAUCCAGCGCAGCCACCACAUCCCUUCAUGCGAACUUACGUACCUACUGGAUGCUUUGCUUGCCAUUGCCAUAUAUUAUAAUAUAAAUAGCUUGCAUAACUAGACUGAUCUCAUUUAAACUGAUUAAUUAUUAUUUAAGUAUAUCGUUGAAACAUAUUUACAUAUAUUAUACUUUUAUCAAGUUUUUUUUUAUUUAUCUUGAGUUACAAAAUCAAUUUAUUGUAUCAUAUUGAAUCAUAUUUUGUUACAGAGAGCGUACCGUGUUAAAAUUAUUAAAAUUAUUUUAUUAAACCGUCUCUUGAUUUUUGUUCAUUGUUAUUGCUAUUUAACGUUUGACCAUCUUGUGAAGAAGCACGAUUGCUACUUUUGAGCAAAAGUAUUAAUCGGUUCAAUGAAUGCAACAAUUCAUUGAGGACAAAGCUUUCUUCUUUGUGACCGAAGCAAUUAUUGUUAAAGAUAUUAUUCAAACGGCAUUUCCCAACGUUCACUAGUCAUCGGUAAUACACGCAAUAUCUAUUUUGCAUGAUAUCGGAGCAGGUAAUAUCCGUUUGGCUCUAUGCAGCAUAUUGCUCAAGAACAUUUGUUAAAUAAUCAUAAAAGGUUCAUACAAUUUUUAAAAUAUAUUAUUUUUUAUAAUAUUGCUUUCAAUAGUAUGAACGAACAAAUUAAAAAUAUUUUGUGUGAUACAACUAUAGCAAUCUUAUGUGUGUGUGUAUAAAAUUUAUUUAUGAAAUGUUAUAAGGCUGUUAAUAGAAGUGAGAUACAAAUCGACGAUUUUUACCUGUACAGAAAACAGAUUUAUUUUCAUAUAUUUAAUUCUUUUGAUUGUCCUGUGUAAUGCUGCAUUACGAAAGAGUACGAAAAGCCUGACAUACAGGUGGAUUUUAAAAGAUUGCCAACGUACAUAGAGCAUGGAAUUAUAAGUUUAUUGUGCGCUACACAUUUAUUAGAUUGCAAUAUACACGAGUGGGAUUUGAAUGGACGCUCUGUCGCGAGUGCAAUACAGGAAGACGUGCACGAGGACAAGAAAAAACAACUGUAAUUAUGCUCUAUAAUUGAAUGCGACAACUGAUCUUUUUCUAUAAUCCUGAUAAUUAUGUAAAGACAUUCUUUGGCAAUUUCAAUUUAUUUGCUAAAUAUCGAAGCGACCUUGGUGGGUUUCCAAACGACAGGAAAUUACUAGUUCAAUAAAGACCUUCAUG